AUGCAUCAGCAUAUCCGAUUAGCUCCAUUGUUUCUUCUCCGCCUUCGUAGAGUAGCCCCUCUUCUCCCCGUUGCUGCAGAUAAGCGAUUGUGCGCUGCAUCUCCUUCCACUUGCGGCCUUCUGGAUGCAGCACGUUCUGCCCCAAGAAGCUGUCAGCAUGUACGACGUCUACCCGCGUACAAGAGACAGGGUACAUCACCGAUCCGACGCGUGACUGGUUCAUGCCAAGGAACAACGUGGCUCGCGGGAUCUGCUUCACUUGGAAAACGGCUGCAAGGACUCUCUCCGUUCCUUCGUGAUCAAUGCGGUCGCCGUCGACGUGAGAAGGAGAUUUUGGCAGGAGUGGGGUUGUAG